UUACUCCUGUCAAAUUGAUAUCGGAUCGCUCAGUGUUCAGUCAUUAUUAGUGAAGACCUUAGUGUGUGAAGGUUAUUAUUAGUGUCACUCAAAACAGUGUAAGGUAAAGGUGUAUACUUUGUUAUACGUGUACCGGUACUGUUAAUUGUGAUUUUUAGGUGAGGGAACUAAGGAUAACUUCAUUAAUUUUGUCUCGCUUAUGUUAUUAUCAUCAUGAAAAUGUUAAAAACGUUCAGAGCUGUCAUCCUUGGAGCUCCAGGGUCUGGUAAAGGGACAAUAUCUGCAAGAAUUGUAAGAAGAUUUGAUAUGGUACAUGUAUCAAGUGGGGAUUUGUUAAGACGUAGCAUCGUAGAGGGUUCAAAGGUAGGGUUAGAAGCCAAAAAGUACAUUGAUGGAGGACAGUUAGUGCCUGAUGAAAUUAUUUUCAAUGUCAUCACCAGUGAACUUGGUAAACACUCCAAAGAGAACUGGUUGCUUGAUGGAUUUCCGAGGACUAGGAACCAAGCCGAACAAUUAUUCUCUAAGGAACCAGUCAGUGUGGCAAUCAACCUGAUUGUCCCUUUUGAAAUCAUAAUUGAAAGAAUCAAAGGUAGGUGGGUACAUUUACCUAGUGGAAGAGUGUACAACACAGACUUUAAUGCGCCCAAGGUUCCUGGUAAGGAUGACAUUACUGGUGAACCACUAGUUCAGCGGAAAGACGAUCAACCCGAAGCUGUUCAGAAAAGACUAGAGGUGUAUGAGAACACCUUCAGACCAAUACUCGAUUUUUACAGAAGCAAAGGUAUCCUGGAAGAAUUCAAAGGAAAGACAUCCGAUGAAAUUUGGCCGUACGUCUUCAAAUUUCUGUCGUCUCACAUAACUCCUGAAAUCGAGGAAAGUAGUAAAAAUUAAAUCACGGGAUCAACUAGUUUUUAAUUUGACUGUAGGCCUAAUUCAGGCUUAGAAAGUUUACUAUUUAGGGCUAUUCACAGACUACACCAUUCUGUUGAUAAAGAUAUUCUUUUUUCUUAGAACGUAAGUUAGCCUAUAAGUUAAGCCUGGUAAAUAAUAUAUCAAAAAGGUUAACUUAAUAUCCCAGACAAAAGAACUUAGUGAUUUGAAACCUAAACUUAAACUUUGCUUGUAGCCUAAUUUCUAACUAGAAUGCUAUUGAACUAUCUUUUUUACCAAAUGCUACUAACUUACUACAUGACUUGUUUGAACAAGGCCUAUCAUCAUACCGGUAACAUUUUAUUUCACCACCUGUAUCUUAAUGAUUAGCCUGUCUUAUUUUGUAAAGUAACGCAUCAAUAUAAAACUAGGAGAAAUAGGGUUUGGUUUGAUUCGGUUUUGGUAAGUUUAACUUAUUGAAUUAUGGUAUUAUUGGCAUGCUCGUAUAUUUAACUGUACUUGGUUUUCUUAACUGAUAACUUAGGCUAAACCAAGGUUAACAAGGUUUUUUGUUUAACGAUUUCAUAAAGAAAGUCACAAAGAACAUGCCUUUUCUAAUCCUACAUGGUGAUAGUAGUUUGUAUCGAGAUGUUAAUCUGUCUUAACAAGAUGGUAUGACAGCAAUGUGAAUAGCAAGAUGCAAAACUUGAUAAGUAAAGGUUUGUGAAAUACCCACAUUCAUCACUUAUACUUACUGUGAUCAUGGGAUUAGCUUUUAAAAGUGGUCUAAUAGGCAAUUUUAUAUUUCAUAAGCCUUAUAGGUCUAAUAUCACAAUCAUUUAAGAAAAAUUCAAGUUUAGCCAAACAUGCACAAGAUAAUACUUUUGAUAAGUAUGUUCUUAUUUUAGUUUUGGUUAGGUUCAGUUCUUCACAAACAUUUGUUAACUAGAAACCAACUAACAGGUAAGGUCUCUUUGAUGAAGCCCAAAAUCUAAAGACUAUUCAAUCGUAAUUUAUUCCUUUUGCCAUUAAAUGAGUUUGACAUAAGAACUACCGGUCCCGUACUCAGAGAUUUAUCCAUAAUACAAGAAUCUUGAUUUUAAAUAGGGCCUAAGUAACUUUGUUUCAUUUAUUUUUAUAAAGGGUAUUUGAAUUAUUAGGCCUAAUACUGUACCUUAGAUUAUUAUUUCUAUUUUAUUUCAAGCCUAUUUUUAUUACUUACUUUGUGACAAACUUAUAAGUUUAGUUUUUUAUAAUUUUUGUUAACUUUCCACCUUUCUGCUUCCUUCUAUGUUUUUUAACUUAUCCCAGCCAUUUAUUUUCUUGCAAUGUUACUAUUGUAGACCUGAAUUGACCAAUAUUGAAAGAAAAUGGCUGUAAACUCUUUGACACGCAAGUAAGUUAGUGAGAUGUGUUACUUAGUGGUCUUUGAUUUAUAUCUUAAUAAAAAAUUACAACCCUCUUGUAUACGAUUGUAAAGUUGUUCCUAUAAACACGCACAAAAAGGCUGACUUAUGAUUUAGGCUAUAUACUCAGUAAAGUAUCCUUAUGUAUGUAUAGGCUUAUAAAAGGAGUACCGUAGCCUAAUGAAUUUUUAUAAAUAGCUUUUUCCAAAGUCUAUUUCUGUGGUUUUAGAAGAAGCCAGGAAAACACUGUGAACAACUGGUUAAACUGUGAGAUUAAACAAUUGAAAAAGUUAACUUGUAAACAGUCUAAAAGCUGAGAAUAACUAUAAUUUUGACCCUUAGACUAAACCAAUUCCAAUAUUGGAUCAUUGAGAUAACCUUUCUUAUCACUUUGAACACUUGAGGAAGUGAAAUAUAACACUUUAUAAUGGCUUACCAUAGACAAAUUGUAAUUGAGAAAUGUCAUUACUUUAAACUAUGAUUAUUCAUUCUGUGGUUAUUUCAUAUUAUUUUGUUUUCAUAGAGAAACAUUAUUAUUUGGGCUAUAGGGCUCAAUUAAAAAUCACCCUCGCGUCUCAUUUUCAAUUCAAGUAUUUUGUAGGAAUUUUAAAAUGCUCAAUAAUUAAUUGUAAGAUGUUUGUACAAUUUGGUAAAUAUUGACAAGAAGCACAAGAAUGCACAAUCAAUUUUUCAUUAGCCUCUGUAAACAUUAUUUAUUUGAUUAGGCAUACUUUUAAAAACACAUUUGAACCAAAGACAAAUGAUAAUCUAUGAUAGUGAAUGACAUGUUUGUUAUGUAUUUUUUUUAUUCUGCCAAAACAACAAAUUAUUUAGAUUGCUUACUUAGUUGUAGUAUGCCCUAUCCCUUUUUCAGAGUUCAUCGUUCCUAAUCCAUAUUUCCUGUUGCAAAUUACACAUCCCUGACAGUGGUGUAGUCGUAAAAUGUACAGUGUGGGAAUAUUCACCAUAGACUAAGAACUGACUAUAGGAUUAAUAGAUUGGACAAUAGGAAAAGACAAAGUGGGAAAGCCUUUCCCACUCCACUACACCAGUGAUCUCGGACUGAAAACCUAUAAUCUAAUUACAGGUGAAAAAAUUAAACUCACUACUAAUUUUCUAUAAAAACAAGUGAUAUAAAUUAACUGAUUUUACUUGGUAUAACAUUUUAAUUUACUUAUCAUACAUAUCUUUGAUUAAAAUGCAAAUGUCAUAGCCUAUUUAUUCAAAAUAUUCCUUCACAAGGUUAAAUUUACAUUAGUUGUUAAUACAUUUAAUGUAAUUUUUGUUUCAGAGAUAUUUUAUUUUAAAUGCAUUUCUUUACAUUCAAUUAAUAAGAAUGUUUGUUACUAUUUCUCAUAAGUUACCUGAAUACUGAUUAUGUUUUCUUUAUAUUUUUAACGAUGAUCUAAUUUAUUGUUAUGCAUAAACUAUAUUUUUAUCAUUAUUUAAUCACUGUAAAACGGAUCUAGAGUAUUUCCAUGGCAUUUAACAAACAAGCUACGUUUUCUAAUCAAAUAUUUCAAAUAACGAGGAUCCUAUUUUAAUCUAAUAUAAGUUAGACUAGUGUAUGUUACCAAAUUAUUGUUACAAUUGUUACAAAGGAAAAGGACUGAGCUAUGUGAUCAAAUAAUGGAGGAGCAAACUAUAAAAUGUUAUUUUGUGACGGAAGUUUUCUGUAUGCUGUAAAUUGACACCAAAUAUUAAAGUUAUUGUAUAUU